AGUAGUGGUGUGCUUUAGGGAGCAAUGGAUGAGCUUCAUAGCCUGGACCCAAGAAGACAAGAAUUGUUAGAGGCAAGAUUUACAGGAGUAGUAAGUGGCAGCACUGGGAGUACUGGAAGUUGCAGUGUUGGAGCUAAAGCCUCAACAAAUAACGAAAGUUCAAAUCACAGUUUUGGAAGCUUGGGAUCUUUAAGUGAUAAAGAAUCAGAGACUCCAGAGAAGAAACAGUCAGAACCUUCCAGAGGAAGAAAAAGAAAAGCAGACACUCAAAGUGAAAGCAGCCAAGGAAAGAAUAUUGGGGGACGUGGUCACAAGAUUAGCGACUAUUUUGAGUACCAAGGUGGAAACGGCUCUAGUCCAGUGCGAGGCGUACCUCCUGCAAUCCGAUCUCCUCAGAAUUCACAUUCCGCUCCUUCUUCUGUUCGACAGAAUAGUCCUUCUCCUACUUCAUUAGCUUUUGGGGACCACCCUAUCACACAACCAAAGCAGUUAUCUUUUAAAAUUACUCAGACUGAUCUCACAAUGCUGAAAUUAGCUGCACUAGAAAGUAACAAAAAUCAAGACUUGGAAAAGAAAGAAGGUCGUAUAGAUGACUUACUCAGGGCUAACUGUGAUCUUAGAAGACAAAUAGAUGAACAACAAAAGCUACUUGAAAAAUAUAAAGAAAGAUUAAACAAAUGUAUUUCAAUGAGCAAGAAGCUUCUUAUUGAAAAGAGCACACAGGAGAAGCUGGCAAGCAGAGAGAAGAGCAUGCAAGACAGAUUACGCCUGGGGCAUUUUACAACAGUUCGUCAUGGUGCUUCAUUUACUGAACAGUGGACAGAUGGCUUUGCAUUUCAAAAUCUUGUGAAGCAGCAAGAAUGGGUGAAUCAACAAAGGGAAGACAUUGAAAGGCAAAGAAAACUCCUGGCCAAGCGAAAGCCUCCAACUACAAAUAAUUCUCAGGCACCAUCUGCCAAUUCUGAACCCAAGCAGAGGAAAAAUAAAGCUGUGAAUGGGGCAGAAAACGAUCCCUUUGUUAGACCCAAUUUACCACAGCUUUUGACUCUAGCAGAGUAUCAUGAACAGGAAGAAAUUUUCAAGCUUCGAUUAGGACAUCUCAAAAAGGAGGAGGCUGAAAUACAAGCAGAACUUGAACGUUUGGAAAGAGUUAGGAAUCUUCACAUAAGAGAACUGAAGAGAAUAAAUAAUGAAGAUAAUUCACAGUUUAAAGAUCACCCCACGUUGAAUGAACGAUAUUUGUUACUCCAUUUACUUGGCCGAGGUGGCUUCAGUGAAGUAUACAAGGCUUUUGAUCUUUAUGAACAAAGAUACGCUGCUGUAAAGAUUCACCAGCUUAACAAAAGCUGGAGGGAUGAAAAGAAAGAAAACUACCACAAACAUGCCUGCAGAGAGUAUAGAAUACACAAAGAACUGGAUCACCCCCGGAUAGUUAAACUAUAUGACUACUUCUCCCUGGAUACAGAUACGUUUUGCACGGUGUUAGAAUACUGUGAAGGCAAUGACUUGGAUUUCUAUCUCAAGCAACAUAAAUUGAUGUCAGAGAAGGAAGCUAGGUCCAUUGUAAUGCAAAUAGUAAAUGCACUACGGUAUCUCAAUGAGAUCAAGCCCCCUAUUAUACACUAUGAUCUUAAACCAGGUAAUAUCCUUCUUGUAGAUGGAACAGCAUGUGGAGAAAUAAAAAUUACUGAUUUUGGCCUCUCCAAAAUAAUGGAUGAUGAUAGCUACGGAGUGGAUGGAAUGGAUUUAACUUCACAGGGAGCAGGAACUUACUGGUACCUGCCUCCAGAGUGUUUUGUAGUUGGCAAAGAGCCACCAAAGAUUUCUAAUAAGGUUGACGUAUGGUCAGUUGGAGUAAUCUUUUUCCAAUGCCUUUAUGGUAGAAAGCCUUUUGGCCACAAUCAAUCACAGCAAGAUAUCUUACAAGAAAAUACAAUAUUAAAAGCCACAGAAGUUCAGUUCCCUGUUAAACCUGUUGUAAGCAAUGAAGCCAAGGCCUUUAUCAGACGCUGUUUAGCAUACCGAAAAGAGGAUAGAUUUGAUGUCCACCAGCUGGCUAAUGAUCCUUAUCUUCUCCCUCAUAUGAGGAGAUCAAAUUCUUCAGGAAACUUGCAUAUGACUGGGCUAGCAGCAUCCCCUACACCACCUACUUCAAGCAUCAUUUCGUACUGAAAUUUCUCCAACCAAGGAAUGGCAUGAUACCUUUGUGUAGUUUCCAGAUGCAGACUUGAGCUUGAAGCAGUUGAGUGUUUUUACACAGGACAAGUUUGAUAACUGUGUUUUCAGACUGAAGUCCUCCUACAUAGUGUCAUUUGUAUGAUUGGAAUGGAUCAUGGACUGUGAAUAAAUGUACCCUUCUGAGAAAUACUUUUAAACAUUGAAGGAUGACACUGCCUGUUACACACUAACAGGUGUGUUGUGUUUAAGACUGAAGAAAAGGUUUUUAGUUUUUUCUGGGGAACAUUGUAAAUAAUCUUUUUAAUACUUAAAGUACAUUUGGUUGAUACUGGAAAGUUCUAACAUGAAGGGUAGUUUUUCAUUAUUUAAAAAAAAAAAGGGUAGUGAACAAAUUUGAAAACAGGAAAAAUUCCGUGCCUGAUCAUAAACUAAAUAAACUGCCAUCUUUCCAAGACAUUGGUCUUCUGAAACCAAAGUAAGGAGUGUGAGACAGUUGAAGAUAUGUUCUGUGUCAGAUUCCUCAGAUAAAAUUGUAGUAUUUUAUUUGGCAACUCAGGCUUGUACCUCCAAAAAUGUGGUGGCGUUUCACUGAAUU